AUGCCAGUUGGCAGUAUCACAUUGUUUGCGGUGAUCACUGUCAUCCUGGGAUGCCUUAAAAUUGGAUACUUCGUUGGAUUUUCAGAAUGUUUGUCAGCCACUGAAGGAGUUUUUCCCGUCGCACAUACAGUGCAUACCCUGCUGCAGGUGUAUUUCCUUUGGGGGCAUGCAAAGGAUAUUAUCCAGUCUUUCAAAACAUUGGAAAGAUUUGGGGUGAUCCACUCUGUGUUCACCAACCUGCUUCUGUGGGCCAACGGCGUUCUGAAUGAGUCCAAGCACCAACUCAAUGAGCACAAGGAGCGACUCCUCACUCUGGGCUUUGGGAACAUAACAGCUGGGGGCAAUGAAAUUGCAACCCCCAACCAGCAACCCACUCUGGGGAAGUCCUUGUCUCUCUUUGGGCCCCAUUUUCUCCUUGGAAUCAAUAUCCGUAACAGCAACAACAACAAUACCCAGAACAAAUUCUACUACCUGUACCCCUUCAACAUCGAGUACCAGAUCCUGGCCUCCACGAUGCUCUACGUGCUGUGGAAGAACAUCGGGCGCCGGGUCGACGGCCGCCCGCCGCGGGCCGGGCGCUUCCGGGCCGAGGGCGCCACGCUGGGCGCGGGCCUGGGCCUGACGGCGCUGGCCGCCACCAUCGCGGUGGUGGCGGGGUACCUGGCGCGCAUCGGGCGCUCCAAGGCCAAGAGCCAGGCGGCGCUCACCAUGUUCUACCUGCACGCCAUCGCGCUGCGGGCGCUCAUGGGCGCCGCGGGGCUGGCCGGGGUCCGCCUGCACAGGACGGCCGGGCAGCCGCCGGGCGAGGCCAGCCACCCCGCCCGCAAGCUGGACGCGGACCUCCUGCUGGGCGCCGCCACGGGCUCCUGGCUGCUCUCCUGGGGCUCCCUCCUGGCCGUGCUCUGCUGCGGCCGGGAAGAGGAGAGCCGCCGGGUGGAGGCCCCGAGCCCAGCCGGCCCUGCCCGUCGCUUGCGGGGCGGCGCCAAGAGGAGCGUCUUGAGGAACAUCGCGGCCUUUCUGUUCCUCUGCAAUAUUUCGCUCUGGAUACCUCCUGCCUUCGGCUGCCGCCCUGAGUAUGACAACGGACUGGAGGAAAUUGUCUUUGGCUUUGAACCCUGGAUAAUUGUGGUCAACCUGGCCAUGCCUUUUUCUAUUUUCUACCGAAUGCACGCAGCUGCCUCCCUCUUUGAGGUCUAUUGUAAGAUAUAG